GGACGUCAUAAUGGAGGACCACCAGCCCCUCACAUCACCAGGUAGAUCUAGAAUGAGAAUGACACCAGAGAGAUGUCCCAGUCCUCUUCUUCCACAGGAUCAUCAGCUUUUGAAUCGGGAUAAAGUUCUAAACAAUAUUAAUCCUACAGAGACAUAUGUGAGAGGUGAUGACCAGUCUAAGGAGGAAAUUUCUACAGGGACAUAUAUCAGGGGUGAUGACCAGUGUAAAGAGGAAAAUCUUGCAGGCAACAGCCCAGAUGACUGUACCAGGAGCUCAGAGGGACAUCUGAUAUUUUCCGGUUCUAAAGCAGAUGAUACAUAUGAAGAGCAUGCCAUUAUCUUAGAUAUACCCUCGGCCCUUCACAGCAAAGAUCUUUUGUCAGGUCCUUUUAAACAUCUUUUAUCUUCUGAUUCAUCUCAGACUGUUAAGAAAAAUAAAAGUCGCAAAACUGGUGUUGCAGAUCAAAGAGCGGACACGGGGGAGAAACCAUUUUCAUGUUCAGAAUGUGGGAAAUGCUUUACCCUGGAAGUGACUCUUGUUAAACACCUGAAAAUUCACACAGGAAAGAAGAAAAACUCGUUUUCAUGUUCAGAUUGUGGCAAAUGUUAUAGCGCUAAAUCGUCGCUUGUUAACCAUCAAAAAAUUCACACAGGGGAGAAGCCAUAUUCAUGUUUAGAAUGUGGGAAAUGUUACGCUGUGAAAUCACAUCUUAUUCAGCAUCAGAGAAGUCACACAGAAGAAAAGCCAUUUGCAUGUUCAGAAUGUGGGAAAUGUUUUACUCAGAAAUCAUAUCUUAUUCAGCAUCAGAGAAUUCACACAGGUGAGAAGCCAUUUUCAUGCCCAGAAUGUGGGAAAUGUUUUACUCAGAAAUCAAACUUUGUUGUACAUCAAAAUAUUCACAGAGUGGAGAAGCCAUUUUCAUGCACUGUAUGUGGAAAGUGUUUUUACCACAAGUCAGCUCUUACUGCACAUCAAAGAAUUCACACAGGAGAAACCUAUCCAUGUCCAGAAUGCGGAAAAUGUUUUAUCCAGAAAUCAGAUCUGGUUAAACAUGAGAGAAUUCACACGGGGGAGAAGCCAUUUCCUUGUCCAGAAUGUGGCAAAUGUUUUUCUCAGAAUUCAUCUCUUGUCGCACAUCAAAGAAGUCACACAGGGGAGAAGCCAUAUGCCUGUUCAGAAUGUGGGAAAUGUUUUAUUCAGAAGUCAGAUCUUGUUCAACAUCAGAGAAGUCACACAGGGGAGAAGCCAUUCUCAUGUUCAGAAUGUGGGAAAUGUUAUAGCGCUAAAAAAAAUCUUGCUGACCAUCAAAAAAUUCACACAGGAGAGAAGCCAUUUUCAUGUUCAGAAUGUGGGAAAUGUUACGCUGUGAAAUCACAUCUUGUUCAACAUCAGAGGAGUCACACUGAAAAGAAGCCAUUCUCAUGUUCAGAAUGUGGGAAAUUGUUUACUCAGAAAUCACAUCUUGAUCAACAUCAAAGAAUUCACACAGGAGAGAAACCAUAUUUAUGCCCAGAGUGUGGGAAGUGUUUUACUCAGAAAUCACAUCUUGUUCAGCAUGAGAGAAGUCACACAGGGGAGAAGCCAUUUUCAUGUUUAGAAUACAGGAAUUGUUUCACUUAGAAUUAUACCUCAUGCACACGUCAGUGUUUUGGUCAGUGAUUUCAGUCAGUAAAGACAUGUCCUACAAGAGAAAGGGAAAGUGAAUAAUAGACUAAUGGAUGAUAAGAUUCAUACAAUUACCAAUAAACGUCUGUCAUCCAAACAGCUAACAGAAUACAAAUAAUGCAGAGAUAUAUCAGCUGUGUGCCUAGAAUAUUUUACAUUAAAAUA